AUGGCGAGAGGCAUGCUCCCUGUAAUCACCAUGGUCGUCGCACUGACGGCCAUGGCUCUAGCGGCGAUCACGCCGAUGGCGAGCACGCCGGUGGAAGACAUAAUCUACGUUAGCUCGGAGAAUGUUGCUUCGGAGGAGAGCAUGCGUGGCCUGUACGAGCGUUGGUACAUGCUCUACAGGCGCGAUGGCGACCCCAUUGACAAGGAGAAGCGCUUCGCCAUCUUCAAGGCAGAGGCCCAUGCUGUGCACAAGCUGAACGAGGGCGGCGCACGCGUGAAACAUAAUCUAAACUGGUUUGCGGACAUGACCCAAGAUGAGUACGCUGAAUCAUUUGCCAAUUGCUCCCCCCUCGAGGUCCGAUCCCGCAACGAGAGAAAGCUCAACCUUCACCAGCCUAGCGAGUACUACCCCGACAAGCUGCCACUCACCGUUGACUGGCGGACUGUGGAUGGUGUUCUCACCAGCGUGAAGCACCAGGGGAAUUGCGGAAGCUGCUGGGCUAUUGCUGCUGCACAGGCGAUGGAGAGUGUCCACUUCCUCAAGAACAAGAAGCGCGUCAACGUCUCUAGUCAGGAAAUGGUUGACUGCACCAACGGGAAUAACGGUUGUAAAGGCGGUCGUGCUUCCAGGGCCUUUCAAUAUGUCAUAAACAAGCAUGGCAUCCAUUCUUCGGAGCAGUACCCGUAUGUGGGAAAUGGGUCGCACUGCACCACUCCCGCAGGACCUCCCGUCAUGUCCAUCGGGAGGUUUAUAUUCGUGCAUCGACAUAAUGAGAAGAAGCUCAUGGACGCUGUGGCCCUCGCGCCCAUCGUUGUUUCUAUUCGGGGAACCAACUCCAGCGAGUUCAUGCGCUACAGUGGCGGCAUCUUCAGAGGGCCCUGCGACACCGAGAAACGGCACCAAGCCCUACUCGUGGGCUACGGCACGAUGCCAAGUGAUGAUGCCAACGAUCCCGGCGUCAAGUAUUGGGUGGUGAAGAACUCGUGGGGGGUGUCGUGGGGAGAGAGGGGCUACAUGCGUAUCGAGCGCGGUCAUGAGGCUGAUGGUGGCCUCUGCGGCAUUAUGAGGUACCCACUGUACCCAGCACAUCCGAAAUAG